AUGGCGGCAGCAAACGGCGGCGGUAAUCGGAAGGAUCCGAUCCUGGACUUGGCCAAGUACAUCGACCAGGAGGUGCGCGUCAAGUUCCACGGCGGCCGCGAAGUCACGGGUACGCUCAAAGGCUAUGACCAGCUCGUGAACCUCGUGCUCGACGACUGCAUCGAGUUCGUGCGCGACCCGAGCGACGAGUACCGGAUCACGGACGAGACCCGCCAAGUCGGACUUGUGGUGUGCAGAGGCACGUCAGUGAUGCUCGUGUCUCCAAUGGAAGGCACGACGGAGAUCCCCAACCCCUUCCUGCAGCAAGAAGGCUAA